UUUUUUCUCGCAACGCACGCAACUUUUGUACCGAACGUAUCCGUCCUUGAUUCCAGUACUGACUUAUCUCUAUAAGUCAGACCACAACAACCAUGGCCUCCUCCUCCUCCUCCCGAUCUCGCACCCUCCAACUCGGACAAGCUCUCCACAGCAGCUUGAACAGCCGCUUUAGCCGCCGCCCAUCAUCAUCUUUCUUUCUCUCCUCCACGUUAUCAUUCUUCAACCCUUCAACCACCGUUACGAACCCCAAUUCAUCAUCACCCCGCAUCUCCAACAACUUCUUCUUUAGUCAGAGACAUCAUCAUAUCCGAACAAUGGCUACCUCUACUACUACCACCGCCGGAAAGAAGAUUGAGUGGCUUGUUGUCGUCCCGGACUUUGAGGGCGUUGGCGAGAAGAGGUUGGAGGUUCGCCCUGAUCACUUUGCCGGUCUCGGCAAGAACGUCGAUAAUGGGUGUUUCCAGAUGGGCGCCCCCACCUCCGACGACCCCAAGACCUUCAAGUUCGCCGGCAGCACCAUCGUCCUAGUCGCCGAGAGCCGCGAGGAGGUGAUCAAGAUCCUCAAGGACGAUGUGUAUGCCCAAAAGGGCGUUUGGGAUGUUGACAACGCUCAGAUGUGGCCCUUCAAGUGCGCCUUCCGCUUCCCUGUCCCUGGUCAGCAGUACCAGCAGAAGCAGUAGGUGUGGAAGGAAGAGUCAAAUAGAGAUUAUCAGUACAUAAGAUACAGGUUUAGUGAUUUUCGGUAGCACUCUUUGUCUGCGCGUGAUCAAGCUGAGUGCUCGGAAUACAUCUCUCGAAUGUCCACAACGCAGGACAGAACGAUCUACACCAUGAACUUUGCAAUGAGGUGCAACAUAGACCAGUGGUUUGUACACUCAGCAUCAAAAUCAAACCUCAUUAUAUUUG